AUGUUCCACCUUUUGGGAAGCUUGAGCAAGCUCUUCAGGCUGCGCAAGGUGCACAUCGACGGAAAUGUGUUCCGGCUGCACACCGGAGCCACGGUGGCGCUUCUAAUGUCCUUCAGCAUCCUGCUCACCGCCAAAGAGUAUGUAGGCACCCCGAUCGAUUGCCACUGCCCGACGCUGCCCAAGGGUGUCGUGGACUCCUUCUGCUGGGUUGAGUCCACCUUCAGCCUGCGCGAACUGUUCAAUGCCUCGUAUAACGGCACCAUUGUGUACCCGGGUGUGGGCCAUGGCCGAGGCGAGCGCAAGUACCACACCUACUACCAGUGGACCUGCUUCCUCAUGUUCGCGCAGGCGCUGUGCUUCUACGCACCGAGCUGGCUCUGGAAGGUCUGGGAAGGCGGCAAGGUUCCCGCCAUUGUGGCAGCACUCGACAUUCGUUCCGCGGUGACGCAGGACAGGGCUGAGCUGAGAUCGCAGAUGGUCGACUUCCUGGUCGUCAACAUGAAUCGGAACCGCUGCUACUUGGUCAAGUACUUCCUCUGCGAGCUGCUCAGCCUCGUGAACGUCGUGGCCCAGACGUUUCUGACCGACUACGUGCUGGGUGGAGAAUUCCUUACCUAUGGCUGGGACCUGGUCCGCUGGCACCGCGGGGAAGGACGUGAGUUCGUGAGUCCCGCCGUCAUUGCCUUCCCGCGGAUUACCAUGUGCACCUUUCUUAAGUACGGCCAGUCGGGUACGAUUGAGAAUCGAGAAGCCAUCUGCGUUCUGCCGCUCAAUAUUGUCAACGAGAAGCUGUUUGCUUUCCUUUGGUUCUGGUACGGGUUGCUGCUGGGCACCGGCUCACUGACGGUGGUCUACCGCUUCCUGCUGCUUCUCAGCGCGCCCCUCCGACGCCGCCUGCUCGCCUGGCGAUACCCGGACAGCAAAUGCAUCGCGGCCGUCGUCUCAGCACUUUCGGCUGGGGACGUCUUCUUCCUGAGUCUGGUUGGGCAGAACGUGGACUCUCUCAUUUUCAGCCAGCUGAUCGCGGAACUGUCACGUCGGCUGGUCAAGGCGGUGCCAGCCGCCGUGCCAUCAGCUCCACCGGCAGUAUAA